AUGAACGGAACGUUUUUUAACCACACGGUGUUUACGCACAGCGCUCUGCUCAACCGCAGUCAAGAGCUCGCGGGGACACUAGUUGAUUGCUGCACGGGGAACGGGAGCGAGGUAACCGCAAACGACGGCGGCGGGUCUUUAGUUCUCGCUCAGGAGGAACGCAAGCUGUUCGUUACGCGCGUGGUGCAGAUCGCGGUGCUGUGCGUUCUUUCCCUCACGGUGAUGUUCGGGAUCUUCUUUCUCGGUUGCAACCUCAUGAUCAAGUCCGAAAGUAUGAUCAACUUCCUGGUCAAGGACCGGAGACCAUCCAGAGACGUGGAGGCGGUGAUGAUCGGACUGAGUUAG